AUGGAGGCUUAUAUGACGCAAAUUGCGUGUCCCGUUCAUUCGCCAGAACUUGUGAAAAACGUAAGCUGUCACCUAAAUCGAACAUCCCUUGGUGCAUCAUCGUACUCAGCAGAGUUUUCCUUGACGGAAGAUGUUAGUGACGCAAAAGGCAUUUACGUAUUUUCCAUAAAGCGAGGCUCAACCCUAACCAACUACACUGCAAUGGAUAUUGAAUAUUGCGAGGCGUUGGCAUCUUUACAAAAACAAUUUUUAUUAAAGAUGAUUGCCGACGAGCUGAGGCGAGUUUCAAAUUUUCCAUUGCAAUGUCCAUUUAAAAGGAACAAGAGAUAUUUCAUAAAUGGCUUUACAAUCAACUCAAAGCUAAUACCCAGCUAUGUCCCCGAAUUAAAAUUUCUCUCGGACUGCAAUAUUUUCGUUAAAAAGCGCAAAGUUCUGCAAUUAACUAUCCAUGGCCGUGUGAUUCGUAGUCGAUCGGGCCGUUAA